CCUUCGGUGUGUUGAGUUUUCUUCGGUGUUGGUUUGUUUUUCUCUUUUCUUUCUUUUUUUUUUCUCUUUUUUUUUUCUUUUUGGUUUUUAUAAAGGCAGUCGAUUUUUUUCAAAAGUCAGAUGACAUGACACAGAGGUCCCUAGUCGUGCCAACUCGCGUGUGAUUCCGCCACGGGUCACGUAGGUGUGCUUUGUUCUCGAGAAGCCUCGACCGAGCCAGUUCUCGUAACGCAGGUUUUAUGUGAGAAUCUGGUGUUCUAAAAGAGAGAUAGAUAGAUAGAUAGAAAGAGAGAGAGAGAGAGAGAGAGAAAGAGAAAAAAAGAGAGAGAGAAAGAAAGAGAGGAUGAAUAGUUCGAUCGACCUCGAUUGGCUCGUUUCUCUUCGAUCUGGGACGUUCUAAUAUCUCCUUUGAGAUUAGUUGGACGAAUUAGAAAAAUCGAGAGUCCGAGAAAUUAUUUUCCUUUGAGAGAAAGAGAGAGAGAGAGUUUUAUUUGUUUCGACUGCUGACAUAGAGAAGGAGUAAGAAAAAGAGAGAGAGAGAGAGAGAGAGAGACAUCAAUUUUUGCAUGGGUGUGCACGAGACCAAUAAGGAUCGUACCAAUGUCUCCAAGAAGAUGUCGAGGGAUCGUUCAGGCUCGGAUUAUUCGGAAAAUAUGAGCGAUGUAACAACUUGUAGCUGUAUGGCGAGCUCCGUCGAGAAAUGUUCCUUACGUGGCUGUGGCAUGUUUCAAGAGCCAUUUUUUUUACAUCCACCCGGAUCAAGACCAAGAGAUGGAAUUUAUAUAAAUCCAAUGAGUGCGUACAUAAACGAGCCACAGAAACCAAAGGACAUGGAGUCCUUUUAUCUGCAUAGUCCCCAUGAUCUCGUAUAUACCAGGAUUACACAUUUGUUCAAUGACGUCGAGAAGCCACGAAACGGUGUUCUGGCAUCAACCGAACAACGUCACGUUGAGAGGAAAGAUGAGACUCUAACUGUGAAAGUGGACGUGCACAUAAACAACGGUAGCUUCGGUAAAACUCAUACAGGGAACGGUCAUACUGGCAGGUCAGAAAUCAUGCGAGAAGCACCACCAUCGGAACAUGCAUACGAACAAAUUUGUUUGAGACAAGAAGAAACCAGUAGUGUUGGAUCGUCUUCUAAUAAGAAGGUUAUCGAUAAUGUUUCGGACAGUAGCCGAUCGAGAAAAGCCAAUCGACGAUAUAGCAGAUCGAGUAGUGCCAGUGAAUCUUCGAAUAUGAGCAGCGAGAUACAUUGUUUUUCAUCAACUACGUCGACGCCAUCAUUGUCACGUAACAGUAGCAACGAACGAAUCAACAAGACAACGAAGAUCAACACGGAAGUAUUACAUGAAAGGAAAGAGUCCUCGGCGACACACGUGGAAAGUGAAAAGGAGAUAAGGCCAAGCAAUGGUAGUGGACCUGGUUUCGUCAAACCCCCACCACCGCCACCACCACCACCGCCAGACAGAGAGGACAUCGUAGUAUUGGUCGUGAAUUCAAAGCAAAAUGGUGAAAGCAAUAACGAGAAGAAAGAUCCUGGUGACAAUAGUCAAGAGAACAAAAAUGGAAACGCGACCAACAAGAGCGACGUAUCCUGCGGCGAGCAUCAACAGCCGGAAGUUCCUCCUGCCAGUCCACCCGCGGACGUCGAGGAAAUUAAGACGAGUCAGUCGUCUCACUUGAUAAACAGACAUAUGGUGUUACCGUUCAUACCGCCAAAGUUUGCCAACGCGGCUGAUUCGGAUACUCUUUUGAAACCAUCGGAGUAUCUUAAAAGUAUUUGUAAAAACGUCACAAAGAAUACUCUUUCUAAAGCAAGAUCUGUGGACAAUUUAGAUUGUCAGGGUAGGGAUACCGAAGAGGAGGAAGAAGAGGAAGACGAGGAAGAAGAAGAAGAAAGACAAAAGAACGAAAAAAAGGAAAAGGAAUCUCCCCCAGGACCCCCACCACCUCCGUUAUCACCAUUACAAAAAUCCCGUGGUAUUUCAAACGUUAAUAGUACUGGCGCAACGACUAGUCCCUCGAACGAAUCCGAAAGUCCAAAGUCACCUCAGCAACCAUUGGCAACCAUUAGCAUUCAGGAUCUUACGAGUAUUCAAUUGAGAAGAACUAAUACAAAAAUGAAUGCAACUAAAACGUUUUCCGCGCCACCACCUCGUAGCGCCUCAAUGACCAAUGUGUCGGAGCCAUUUUUCAUUCAAAAAACAGACCUGAUAGCCGAAUUGAAAAGAACGAAGGAUAUACCGGGUAUCAAGAAACUUAAAGUAGAACGAGCGCAGGUAGAAAAGACACAGGAACAAAAUUUAAUAUCGGAAAUAAGCAAAGCUUUUAGCGUGUCUAAUUUUGUCGAUCAAAUUCCGGAAAAGGAUAGUUCAGGGAACGUAAUACCUAUAUGGAAGAGGCAGAUGUUGGCGAGAAAGGCCGCGGAAAGAGCUAAAAAGGAAUUAGAAGAGCAAAUAGCUAGGGAAAACGAAGAAAGGAGACAGAAAGCGAUACCACCUUGGAAGAGACAGUUGCUAGCAAAAAAGGACAACGAGGAUAAAAAGAUUAACAACAACAAUAAUAACAAUAACAACAACAACAACAACAACAACAACAAUCAUGUUCAGUCAAACGUGACGGCCGUUUCAACCGUAAAAAUAGAUAUUACGACGACGUCGAAGAGAGACACUUCGCCAGCGGCUGCUGGUUGCAACAAUCGAAAGGAGGAAAAGAACGAGAAUAACGCGGAUGAGAAGGGAAACGACAUGAGGGACGAUGAUUCCGAUGAUGGACAGAUAAUACCGUGGCGAGCUCAAUUGAGAAAAACGAACAGUAAAUUGAAUAUUCUCGAUUAAGUUAUUUAGAAUAUUCUCAAUUUGUGUUAGAACAAAAAAGGAGCAAAAACAAAAAUAGACGUAACGGCGUCGACCUGAUUCUCUUUUUAAUAUAACGAAUUGCUUGGCGAUUUUUUUUUGUUCUUUUCUCUUUUUCUUAAUUUCUUUUUUUUUGUUUGUUUCUUCGUUUGUUUGUUUGUUUGUUUGUUUAGAAUUACAUAUCAUUUUGUGCUCGGUCGAUAACAUAGGGUAACUUUCUUACCGACGUCCUUCUUAUUAUCAGGGUUGCUCUCGAAUCUUUCAAGAUCAACGAAGAGUGAUAAUCUUUAAUGAUAUUGUUAUUAAAUUAAGAUCGAAUGUGAAUGUUCGUAUGAUAUAAGCAUGAGGAUUAUUAUAAAAGAAAAAAAAAAAAAAAAAACAAAAAAACAUGUUUCAUUGAUGAAACGUAUUUUCAAAAUACGCUGGAUGAAUGAGAUCGGAAUGAUAGUGUGUUUUUGUUAAAUUGAAUUGAGUUCGAUAGGAAGGUAAUUCUGUAUUUGUAUAUGGGAAAUCUACUACAAUAAGGUGCACGAUAUGUAUGUAUAUAAGAAUAAAUCAAUUUUGUGUGUGUGUA